UGAUGACGUAGAAUGUAAGCGACCGUCGUUUCCUCUGUAAACAACUUGUACCAUCAGUGUGAAAACCUGAUCUAAAUGGGCCAACGUCUGAAAAUCCCGAUCCAAUACCAGCAACGUCUGAGGAGAUAGAGCGGAUGGCACGCAAAAGGAAAGUGCUAACCCAAAGAACCGUAGACACCCCUGAUGCAUCACUGGAAAUGCCUUACCACUGUGUGGCGUACGGAUGCGGCAAAACUGCGGAAAACCAUGUCACACUAUUUCCAUUCCCCAAAGACCCUGAGGAAUUUCGUAAAUGGGAGAAGCAAGUUCAACGUACUCGCAGCGACUGGUUGGCCUCACCCAACUGUCACCUCUGCAGCGAGCAUUUUGGCAAAGACUACUUUGAGUCCAUAUCACCCUUAGGGGUUCCGAAACUGCGAUCCGGAGCAGUUCCCACUGUGUUUGUCCGUCCGCACUGCACUUCCUGUUAUGGCACUGGCUGUGAUAAAUGCCUUGCUACCGUCAAGCAUUGGAGCAUUGAUGCAGAACCAAAAGAGCGUAAUAUUACAAGUCCUUCGCCGGCAAAUAUUGUUGAAAUAGUACCAUCACAGUCAAAAGAUCCAGAUGGACCAAGUGAUGAGCAAAAACAAGGACAACAAAACGAGCAGUCUAAAGUAACACAAACAGUGGCGUGUGAGACGUGUGGUAUACGUGGGUGCAGUAGCAGCUUUUACUCAAAAAGCAAACGUUUCUGUAGUCUAACCUGCUCACGCUCUUUUGCAUCUCGCUUCAAGAAGUCCGUCAUGCGGGCACGCCUGCAGGAAAAUCCUCUUGCAAAAAAGGCCAAAAUAUUUAGCAAAUUUACCAAAGCUCGCUCGGCAGUACUAGAUGCACCUGUUACAGUUUUCAAUUGGGGUGACUACUUGGAGAAGGAAACAUCCUUGGGGGCAUCCGUCUCUUCCUUCAGACAUGCUCCCAUGUGUGCCCAAUGGGACGACAUCAAUGUGGGGAUGAAAGUAGAAGUCUUGAACAGCAACGCAGUGCUGGCGACGAAGGUUUACUGGAUCGCUACUGUCAUACAAAUUGCAGGAUACAAAGCCUUGUUGCGAUACGAGGGCUUUGAGCAUGACAGCAGUCGUGAUUUCUGGUGCAGCCUCGUUUCGGGCGAGCUGCACCCCAUCGGGUGGAGCGCCAUGACUGGCAAGCUCCUGGUGCCGCCACAAGAUGUCACCAACAUCCUUGACUGGAAAGAAUAUCUGAUGAAAAAGUUGGUGGGAUCCCACACUUUGCCUGUUGAGUUCUACCUCAAGCUGAACGAGAGCCUGAAGCAGCAAGCUUUCAAAGUGGGCAUGCGCGUGGAGGUGGUUGACCCCAAAUACAUCAGCCGGACCCGCAAGGCCGUCAUCGCAUCCAUUACUGGUGGGCGCCUACGGCUGUUAUACACGGACCAGAGCGACUCCCCCGACAACAUUGUGACGGAUUUUUGGUGCCAUCUGGCUAGUCCUCUCCUGCAUCCGAUUGGUUGGUCCAAACAAGUGGGUCACGACAUCAAAACACCCGGCGUGAAAUCACCUGGUGCUGGUUUGAAGGGUAACUGUGACAGUACGUACAACUUCUUUAAAAAGCCCAGAUAUGUCUACAUGGACGGGUGUUUCUUUGAGGAGGGAAUGAAGCUAGAAGCUAUUGACCCUCUAAACCUGGGCAGCAUCUGCGUGGCAACUAUACACAAGGUGCUGUCAGACGGUUAUCUGAUGGUCGGCUUUGACAGUGGGUCAUUGCUCCUUUCCGACCGGUUCUGUUACCACGCUUCCUCUCACGGAAUCCUUCCCAAAGGCUUCUGCAAAAAGAAUAACAUCCCACUCACUGUGCCACGAGGUUUUGAUCCCAGGACCUUCAACUGGGAAGAUUACCUGGAGCAGACCAAUUCAAAAGCUGCACCUCCACAUCUGUUCAACACUGACUAUCCAGGUCACGGCUUCACCCCUAACGUGAAACUGGAAGCGGUGGACCUGAUGGAACCACGACUGGUGUGCGUGGCCACUGUGAAGCGUUGCGUGGGACGCUUGCUCCUCAUCCACUUUGACGGCUGGGAUGAUGACUUUGACCAGUGGGUCGACCACGAGUCCCCCGACAUCUAUCCCAUUGGCUGGUGUGAGCUCACCGGCUACCAGCUUCAGUCACCCCCUGGACUCGCAGUUGAAAACCACGUGGUACAGGUCAAGAAGACAAAGGUACCCUUCUUUAGGGGAAAAAAGAGGAAGAAUGCAAAGAAGCGCUCCCACCUUCUUCAUAAAAUUAAGGACGACGACGACGGUGAUGACUAUCAACAAUCACCUUUAAGCAACGCUUCUGCUCAACCUCCAUUCAAGAAAAACAUGACUUCUCCUCCAAACAUGCUCCUUGUCCAACCCAAAAGAGAACCAGAGGAGCAAGAAAUUGCUGCAGUGGAGGUGAAGGUAGAGGAGGUGGAAAUGGAGACUCUAAUCACCAGUCCAGCUCAAACAUAACACUUCAGGAAACCUCGGCAAAGAGACUGCAGAACAUCAAGUGAUGCGUGGUGACUAUUUAUGUCUUUUGUGUCCAGAAGAAAACUUGUUUUUGAGCAGAGGUCUAGAAGUGGACACAGGAGACUGGGAUAGAAUCAGGGACUUGAAGAAAAAAAUGAAAUGAAGUUUUCCUGUUUCCUGUUGUUGUUUUUCCAUUACUGUGUACCGUUUUUUUCCAUGUAUAAUGCACAAUUAUUUUUUUUUUUGAAGAAAAUCAUGGUACAACAAUUUUUGAAGAAAAUCUUGUCACGGAUGGUGCUUUACAACGUCACUUUCCUCUCUUUUCAUUUUAACCUAACUGAUCGCGGUGGUGCCUUUCUGGGCAUUCGGAGAAAUCAACGCCAACAAAAAAAAUACAUCCAGCCUAGUUAAGAAAUCACCAGAAAGAUCACCAUGACAAUUGUGAAUAAUAAAUAAUUGUGAUAAAUAACUGGAACAUCACUCAAAUAUUGGUGAUCCCGUUGAGAGUCUCACAUAUUUCUUUGCUAUCGAGUUUGCUACUGCAUGCGCAGUCAUACUGACCGGCAGAAUAACAUCCGGUUGUUCCCAAAGAUGAUCUUUUUUCUGAAAUAAUUUUACUUUACGGACUUAAGUAACCCGGCCGGGUCAUACCAAAGACUAUAAAAAUGGGACCCAUUGCCUCCUUGCUUGGCACUCAGCAUUAAAGGUUGGAAUUGGGGGGGUUAGAUCACAAAAUGAUUCCAGAGCGCGGCGCCGCUGCUGCUCACUGCUGCCCUCUCUCCCAGGGGAUGGAUCAAAAUCACGCGGGGAUGGGUCAAAUGCAGAGGGCAAAUUUCACCACACCCAGAUGCGUGUGUGACUAUCAUUGGGACUUUAAAAUAAAAAUAAGCUAAAAUUUGGGUGCGUAUUAUUCAUGGGUACAGGCUUUUUUCCAGCAUUGACAUGCCAUUUUUAGGGUGCGUAUUAUACAUGGGGGCGCAUUAUACAUGGAAAAAAAACUGUAAUUUGUUUAUAAGUCAAUGUCUUAAAAAAUCUUGAGAUCAA